UUCCCGUGGGUGGCGUGGUGGAGUUUCACCCAGACCAGACUGGCGGAGGAGAUCGGCUCGAAUAUAAUCUUUUGGAGAGAAAUUGAUUGCUGUAUGGUGGUGCAUCGUUCUCUUGUUCAUAUGUUUUAAUCUGAAUCGGCCACUCUGCGUCUUAGACUGAAUCUUUUUGGUCUAGGAGUGGAGUGGAGGACAGACCCGAGGAACCGCAGGAGGAGCUUUCAGCAGUUCAGCAGGGACUGGGUUCUUUUUUUUCCUGGUCGGUGAACUUCAGAGCACGUUUUUUGGGGGGCUGCGAGGCUGUGAGGAAAGGACAGAGGAAGGAGAAAUGGCCGCUCAGGUGGAGACUCUCCUACCGAGCCACCCUCUGCUGAAGAAGGCCGAGGAGGAGCCCGAAGGCCCGCCGAAGAAGGAGCUCCAGCAGCCCGAGGGAGCCUGCGGGAGAGCCGGCCUCGAGCAGAGCCUGAAGCAGGAGAAGGAGAACGUGGAUCAGGAGAUGAUGAUGGUGGUGGAGUCCGGCACCAAGAGUGGACGGAACGUGGAGGAGAGUGCGAAAAGGAGUAAAAAGGAGUUUACUGAAGCUCCUCCGCCCAAGGUGAACCCCUGGACUAAGAAGCUGAACGCGGUGACCGUGGUCAGCGUGAACGGACAAACGCAUAACGAACAAACUGGACCAGCCAAAGUGGUGAGAGCUGGAAACCCCAGAGCAAGGAGAGGAGGAAAGGUCGGUGAUUUUGGAGAUGCGAACAACUGGCCGACCCCUGGAGAGAUCGCCACGAAGGAAGUUCAGGCACCCAAGAAGGUGGUGGCGAAGAAAGAGUCGAAAGAGAAGCGAGAGAACGAGGAGAGCAAGGAGAACCAGAAGGCCAAAUCGGACGAUUCCGGAGAGGAGAAGAACGGAGACGAGGACUCUCAGAAAAACGGACAGAAAAAGAAAGGUGUGUUCGCGCAGUUUGACGCAGCAGUGGUCAGGACCCCCGUGGACCCUCACAGAGCAGGAAAUAAACACAAGUGGGUUCCCCUGGUGAUCGACGUGAAGUCUGAGGGUCCCCGAGAGCGCUCGGCUUCCAGGAACAACGCACGCCAAGGAGAACCUCCCAGAAUGCCCCACAACAACCGCAACAACCUCAGAGACUGGCACAGCGGGAAGUACGAGCACGAGUUCAGAGACGAUCAUGACGAGGUGUCCAGCGUGAAGAGUGAAGGGGCUCCGUUCAGAGGAGGGGGCUUUCGGGGCCGCGGCCGUGGCAGAGGAAGAGGACGAGGCAGAGGAAGAGGAGGAAGCAGAGGCCACUACGAUUAUCACUACAGCUAUAAGGCCUACGAGGGCAAAGACGGCGCCUACGGUCAGAAAUUCAGCAGCACGGUGACCUAUUACUACGACAGCGUGAGCAGCACUGACCUUUACUCUGUGGAUCAGGACCUGCUGAAGGACUACAUCAAGAGACAGAUUGAGUAUUAUUUCAGCGUGGAUAAUCUGGAGAGGGACUUCUUCCUGCGGAGGAAGAUGGAUCAGGAGGGUUUCCUGCCCGUCGCGCUCAUCGCCAGCUUCCACCGCGUCCAGGCUCUGACCACAGACAUCAACCUCAUCCUGGAGGCUUUGAAGGACAGCAAGGAAGUGGAGAUAAUCGAUAUGAAAAUUCGACGAAAGGAGGAGCCAGAGAAAUGGCCUCUGCCCGGAUUCUCUGUUCCAGAACAUUCCCAGACGGAUUUCUCCCAGCUCAUCAACUGCCCGGAGUUUAUACCCCGGCAGGCUGUGGAUAAGCAGUUAGGAUCUCCGCGAGCGUCUGCUCCAAAUCUGCCCAAACAAGAGGAUCUGAGUAACCUGAAGACAAUGCCUAAAGGUUUAUCGGCCAGUCUGCCCGACCUGGACUCGGAGUCCUGGAUCGAGGUGAAGAAACGACCCCGGCCAUCUCCGGCCAGACCAAAGAAGGCGGAUGAGGCCCGUUCUCCAGUCCAGACUGGCCCGGCACCUCCAGACCUGCAGGAUGAACCGGAAGAGCUGGACUUCAUGUUCGAUGAGGAGAUGGCGCAGAUAGACGGUCGGAGAAACACAUUCACGGACUGGUCAGACGAGGAUUCGGACGGAGAGAUCGACGACCGAGACGUCAACAAGAUUCUCAUAGUCACCCAGACUCCGCCGUACCUACGGAAACACCCCGGCGGAGACCGGACCGGAAACCACGUCUCGCGGUCCAAACUGACCAGUGAGCUCGUCAAGGUGAUUAAUGACGGCCUGUUCUACUACGAGCAGGACCUGUGGCAUGACAUCUACGAGCCCGAGUACGCCACCAUCAAGCAAGAGGUGGAGAACUUCAAGAAGGUCCACCUGAUCAGCCGUGAACAGUUUGACUGUCUGACCCCGGAGCCUCCAGUCGAUCCGAAUCAGGAGGUCCCCCCCGGACCCCCGCGGCCGCAGCACAUCCCCACAGACGCUCUGGCCAAUAAGCUAUUUGGAGCACCAGAGCCAUCGACAAUCGCCCGCUCGCUGCCCACUGCCGUGCCCGACUCUCCGAGCUACCGCAGCGCCCGCACACCUCGCACGCCCCGCACGCCCCACCUCAGAGACCCCACACACACACCACGCUUCUACCCUGUCGUCAAGGAGGGACGACCUGUUGACGCCAAGACACCACGUAAGAGGAAGACGAGGCACAGCUCGAACCCGCCGAUGGAGUGUCACGUGGGCUGGGUGAUGGACUCGAGAGAACAUCGUUCACGCACAGCAUCGGUCAGUUCUAACGCCAGUCCGUCAGAAGGCACCCCUGCGCUGAGUAACUUCGGCUGCACCCCCCAGUCUCUGCCCAAAUUCCAGCAUCCCUCCCACGAGCUGCUGAAGGAGAACGGCUUCACCCAACACGUCUACCACAAAUACCGCCGGCGCUGCCUCAACGAACGAAAGCGCCUGGGUAUCGGUCAGUCUCAGGAGAUGAACACGCUCUUCCGCUUCUGGUCGUUUUUCCUGCGGGAUCACUUCAACAGGAAGAUGUACGAGGAGUUCAGGCAGCUGGCCAUUGAGGAUGGAAAGGAAGGAUACAGAUACGGUCUGGAGUGUCUCUUCAGGUAUUACAGCUACGGUCUGGAGAGGAAGUUUAGACCGGAUAUAUUUAAAGACUUCCAGGAGGAAACCAUGAGAGACUACGAAGCAGGUCAGCUGUACGGACUCGAGAAGUUCUGGGCGUUUCUCAAGUAUUCCAAGGCGAAGAAUUUGGAGAUCGACCCCAAGCUGCAGGAGUGCUUGAGCAAAUUCAGACGUCUAGAAGACUUCAGAGUGGAUCCCCCUAUAGAGGACGGUGGUCAUAAGAGGCUCUCCGGUGGAGAUGGACGCCGUCGGCACCCCUCCGGCCGGACCCACAGCCAGGGCGCCGCUGGUCCUUCAGCUCCCCCCAGAGACGAGGCCAAAAACGCCAGCCAGAGAGCCACCGACACAAAGCCACCAAAGUAACCGCCAACCAACCGCCCACCACCCACAAUCCCUCUGACCACGGGGUCCAACCGGCACCGCAAGCAUGAAAAACUCAGACAAAUGGCUUGUGAAAAAAACUAAAUCAAGGCUCUUCCAUUAUUAUUGUUCUUUUGUUUUGGGUUUUUUUUCUCCCCUCUUUUACAUCUGAAAGCCCUUUUUUUGGUCUGAGACCGAGAGACUACUGAAGGGGCAAGAAAUUGUUCUGUUCUUAAUUUUUAUUAUAAUUAUUAUUAUUACCGUUUUUUUUUCCCUCUCUACCUUAUUUUAUUUCUCUGUGGUGCCGUAGCUGGAUGGACCGCAGCAUCGUCAGUGGCCCCAUGGUUUUUUGUUUAUUUUUACUAUCCCCCCCAUCGGACCCCAUAUGAUUGGCUGAAAGAUGGCUGACUUCUUUUUUUUUUUUUCCUUCCCCCGUGGGUUGGAAACUUCUGCUUGGAGAACAGUUGACUUUGACUAGAUAGGAUCUGCAGAAAGGGCCAAAAUGAAAAGAGAACUCUUCUAGAACCUGGACUCGUUGGCCAUCCCUCAGUCUGAGCGAGAUCGUUGAAAGUUGCCUUAUUUUAAUGGGUUUUUUUUUCUCUGCUUAACUUGCGCCGGCCACCUUAACCGUCGAUUGUACAGCAUUUAAAACUGCGAUUAUGCAAACAUCCAUCUUACACAGACGCCACACACCCCCUCCCUCCCAGCCCUGCCGCCAGUGUUCUCUCACUUCACCUCCUUUAUCGUCUUCCAAAGCGUCACAUGGUCUGUUACAGAAGCUUCUUAACCUGGGUGUGCUUGUGGUUCUUUGUGCUGAAAUCAUUCUGCCUUGACAACUGUGAGCAGUUCUUCAUUCUUUCAUCAUCAUCAUUCAGACACUUCAAGGACUGGAAUUAAUCCCGAUUACUUGAAGAACGAGUGAAGAGGAAAAAAAAAGGCUUUCACAGUGAAUCUGGUGGAGCUGCAGGUGCUUUUGGACAUGUGGGACACGGGACAAAUGGACACGGAAUACAGUGACGAGCAUGAUGGACGAGAAAUACUAAUAAAAAAUAGACUUUAAAAAGUGCACAGCUCAAGGGUAUCGGCUGACCUGGGACCCUGUUUUUGAAGAUGUGAAGUUUUUAGCCUGAUUGGCCAGUCUAGAUUAGCCCAAAUUCAGUGGCCCAGGCUGGACUGGCCCAGGCUAGAUUGGUCAAGGCUGGACUGGCCCAGGCUGACCCAUCCAAACUGGUUUAGCCUAGAAAGCAUUAGCUAUGCUGGUUAAUCCACACAGGAUUACCCAGGCUUGACUGAUUCAAACUGGAUUGACCAAGGAUGGAUUAGCCCAUGCUGAUUGGUCCAGGCUGGAUUAGCCCAUGCUGAUUGGUCCAGGCUGGAUUAGCCCAUGCUGAUUGGCCACGAUUGACUCACACUUCAAUCUCAUAAUCCUCAACACAGCUGGGAAACAUGGCGCCACCUUUAGUCAAAUAGAAUAAGUAUCAGACGCGUCUUUGCAGUUUUCUCGCUGGUUGUGCGAGUUGAGAAACACCACAUGCCUCAGUUGAACUCAUUGGUUAAAGAACAGAUUAUAUAUUUGCCUUACACGUCGUGUACGUACUAUAUUUUUUUUAUUGUCCCUGAAACUUUUUAAUGCGUUGAUUUAUUUUAUUUUUUUUGCUGUGUUGUAGCGAUGCUAAGAAAUGUUUGUGUCACAUUAUUUAGGUAAGGGGAACAUCACCAUAGUGCGAGUAAAGGGAAAAAUAACUGCAGGAACUCUGGCAUUAUGGACGACAUAAAAACGACAGACUUCGCUGAGUAAACCAGCUGUUCGGCGCUUUUCGACAGUAUAAAAAUGAUUUGCAUCAUGAGCCAUUUUUCAAUCACAGAUGUAUUUUUUUUUUUCUUCCUUUGUAAAUUAGAGACUGAUUUUCUGGUUCUGAAUUUCGGCUCAUGGUGCGAGCCCCCCUGUGUAAAGCGUGAGAUUAUCGUUGAAGUGGAAUCCCAAAACAAUGUCAGGCCGUGUAGUUUUAAUCUCUUAAUGUUUAGUUUUGUUUUUGUUUUACUUUAACCACCGUGGUUGAAAACGCAGAGCUAGUUGAGAGGUUUAUUUUUUGUUUUAGGGAGCAAUGGUUAAAUUCGGGGAAGCUGAUAGAGAACUUUUAAUGAUGUUACUAAAAGAGUCGUUUACUCAAAGACAGGCAAAGCAACAAAAAGAAAAGCCUCAUCUGUUGUUUCCCCCAGGCUGAUCUUUUCCACCAGUGAGCUGCUUCUCUCCUGCUGCUAAUGGACCAAUAGCCUGAGUGAAAGGGCAAGAUUACCUGCCUUUCCUGCAGGGGGCGCCGUUUCUCUCUCAUUGGCCUCAGUGUUGGAGCUCAGACAGUCUAAGGGGAAAAAACCAGGACAGAUUCCAUAAAGCCAUAGAAAUAAAACAGCUGUGUAAGGAUAUCAAAAAAAAUAAAAAUAAAAAAUGAGGAAAAAAGAAAUGUUAAUAGUUCACUACCAUAAUAUUCUCUUGGGCUUGUGAAAAAUGAAGAAGAAAAAAAGGAACAAAAAAAAGAUAAAAUGGAAAAUGUAAAAUACUUGAAUGAGAACUUGUAUAACAUUUAAUAUCAUGAUAUCUGCUUUGUAGGCUGAUGUGAUUCGCUAUUAGUGUCAUUUGUAAUUUGUAGUAAUUAUGCUUUUCCUUAAUGAAUAAAAAAAAAUAUAUAAAAUGGACAAAAAAACCUUAAA